AUGUGUAUUUUUUUUGUAGUGCUUCCUGUGCCAGUUGCUUCCCCCGCCCUGACUGCACUCAUCUCGGUCCACGAUGGCAAGACGACAUCCCCAGCAAUCAUCUCCGAGGAGCUCUGCCACUUGUUCAGGCCAGACUUGGAUCGGGAGUUCACGGUGGUGUUCCCGGAUGCGGCGAGCCUCCGCUUUGGCACCCACAGCGCCCAGUUGACCUUGGCCCUCAACCAGCUUAAGGUCCGCAUCUCGGUACCAUUUGUGGAUUCGCUUGCUGUGGCCUCCUUGACCUUGUUAUGGAUUCAUAUUCGUGGGCUUCCUCCCAUUGCUCGUGUGGAAAGCGUCAUCCGGGGCAUGUCCCGGCUCCUGGGCAAGAUCGUGGCAGUGGAUACACUCUCUCUGGUCAAGGGGCCAGCUACGCCCAUUAGCACGUCGCCGAACGGCCUAGUAACCCGGCCACGACCUUCCCUGUGCACGCUGCAUCUAACCUCCCACGAUUCCAUCAUCCUCCUCCCACAGCGCCGCCGACGUCCACCGGCCUCCUCCUACGCACCUUCCGUCGGCCUCCUCCCGCGAAAUCGACGCCGCCCGUCUCCAACGGAGCCACCGGCGGCCUCAUCCCGCGGCCCUCCAGCCGCCCUUUUGCUGCGGCCACGCGCCUACCUCUGCCCCCGGUCUUCUCCGGCGGCCGCGCGCCUUCCUCCUGCCGUUGCCCCGCUGCGCGAUCUCCUCCCGCGGACGCGCCGUUGCCGAUCCCCUACAGGAUCCCGUGCCUCCACCACCCCCAAGAUCCUACACCGUUGGGCGGGAUCUGGCACCCCGCAUCCACGUCCCGGAGAGCCCAAGCACGCCGUCGGACGCGUGCACUCGACACGACACCUCCUGCCUCGCCACGUCGCCGCCUACCCCGUCAUCACUGCAACCACACAUCGCUCCGGCCGGGAUCCACCGCGCAGUCCAACCUCGUCUGUGCGUGCAGUCCUCCCAAUCUGCUCGCUUGACAGCAGAGCAAAAAGUGCUCCCAAAUCUGCAGAAAGAGCUCCUGACUUUUUAUGUCUGAAGUUCAGUUGUACCAUGGAGACGCCGUUCGAAACACUAGCAGGUGACGUGCUAACCAGCUGCAGGUCACAGUCUCCUCGAGUUGCAGGUCGCGCCCUUUACCCAUCAGCAUCGUCACCUGCGCCCUAGUUCAUAUUCUACGGCUGAAUAUUAUCGUAACAGUCUUCUUCAACCCAUUGUUUUUCCUCAAAAGGUUCAGAGUUCUAUUGGGUUAGAAGCCACAGGAGAGCAAUUAAAUUUGUGUUUGCUUUUUAGUAAAUAUUCUAGGGCUGAAUGUUAUGGUAACAGUCUUGUUUGAACCGUGGUUUUUCUUCAGAAGGUUCAGAGUUCUAUUGGGUUAGAAACAUGUACAGUUUGUCAGUUUGUUUCAGGUCGUUUAAAUCUGGAGUUCUGGACUCUCUGAUCUACCUGGUUGCUUCCGCUGGCCGUCGAAGCCUACCGAGGUGGUGCCCCACUACUACCUCUGUCUCCCUGCACCCCUCCUCCACACCACAAGGGCGACAGAGGUAUCAAAGUUGUUGUUGUUGCUCUUCUACCACAUCUUCAGGUUCGGAAAAGUUCAGCUUGGCACGGGACGAAAGUUCAGCUGGUGGAGCCCUGUCAACAACAACGUUUCGCUGUGCGGUGUAGGCUAUGGUGGCAGCACCAUUUUAAUUCUGCGUUUCUCCUACUGCCAACAAAGGAGAAGAACGGCCAGCACCGUGUUACUACUGCUACUGCUUGUUUUUGCAUGCACAGCCAAUUUGGGCGUUACCUGGAACAAGACAUAGCAAGAAAAUUAUGGAGUGAUAGAGAUAAAAGAGUAGUGUGCCUACGUGGUGUGGAUAUGAAACGUGUGGUGUGUGAGAGGACAAGAAAUGUGUGUUACUAUUCAGUGAUAAAAAUAACUUGUGAUUCAGAGAAAAAGCAACGUUCUAUUUACCUAGUGCUCAUGAUCAGCUAUAAAGCUUGUAUUUUUUAACUCUGAUUCACACUAGAACUUUAUAAGAGAA